AUGGCGAAAACGGCGAAAGUCAAAGGAUACGGCGCUUACUGGAAGGGAGACAUAAAAAACAAAACGAUCAAGCGCAAGAACAAGCAGUAUAUCUCUGACCAGCGCUGCCUCCAGGUAUACAAAAAGGAGCUACAAAAGCGGAAAGAGAGAGACACGACAAACGAGACUACCGGCAGCAACAACGUAAAUGCACAAGAAAAAGGUGAUACUGGCCGCCGGCCCAAUGUGCAAACUAUCGCAGAACACGACGUCAAAAUAAUCAAGCCCCAAAUCGAAACAGUUUACUACGUAAACGGAUCACAGGCCAGAGGCAACGCUAAUAUCGCCUACGACAGCAAGAGGGAGGAACCGUCCGACGAUGGAGAGGAUGCAGGACUUGGGAGAGUUCCCGCAUCUCAUGAUGCAAGCGGCACUCCGGAGGUGACAGAGCGUCGCGGUGGUCGAUUUUCGGAGGACAAUCACGAAUCAGACGACGAAACUGAGCAAUCUGACAGCGAUUCUGGCACUGGGGAACUUGAAAAUCAUGAUGAGCUGCAAUCGACCGCUGCAACGUCUCGUAACGGUACCGAACAAACCAACUCUCGUUCGAACUCUGCAAAAGGGGCUAAAACCAGUGAUAGGAUCUCAAUUAAUAAUGACAAAGGGGUUGAUGUAGCAUCGAAUGCUAGGGGCAAAUCAAACGAAAAGCAGAAGGGUAAAUUCACUGGUGUUUACGCCAAGGCCCUAAAACUCAGGGAAGAAAAGGCCAAAAUCAAGCAGCAGCAACACAACGAGAGGAUAGAAAAGAUCAAGCAAAAGAAACGAGAAAUCAGGGAGAAGAAGCAGGAGAGGUAUGCCAGACACAGACUGCUGGGCCAGAAGACCAAGCGGGGCCAACCCAUCAUGGCAAAUGUUAUAUCGCACCUAAUGAACAACUUCGAGAAAAAGUACAAGCAAACAUGA